ACUAGCAGCAGUACUAGGAGGAGUAGCAGGAGAAGGAGGAGCAGAAAUAGGAGCAGGAGUAACAGACGGUGUACUAGCAGCAGUACUAGGAGGAGUAGCAGGAGGAGCAGCAACAGGAGUAUUGGUACUGGCUUUGGGAAUACCAGCAGGAAGAGCAGGAGCAGGUGUAGCAGCAGUUGCAGGAGUAGCAUUUGCAGAGAUUUUUCAAAAACUUACGCCGAAAUCUACAAAAGGCAGGUGGAAAAGAGAAAGCCUCGAAAAAUAUGCACCAAUAGCAAACUGCAAGGCGUACUAGGAGGAGCAACAGGAGUAGGAGUAACAAGGCGUACUAGGAGGAGCAACAGGAGUAACAGAAGGCCUACUAGGAGUAGGAGUAACAGAAGCUGUACAAGGAGGAACAACAGGAGUAGGAGUAACAGAAGGCGUACCAGCAGCAGUAGGAGCAUCACUACUGGCUUUGGGAAUACCAGCAGGAAUAGUAGGAGUAUCACUACUGGCUUUGGGAAUAGCAGCAGGAAUAGUAGGAGCAUCACUACUGGCUUUGGGAAUAGCAGCAGGAAUAGUAGGAGCAUCACUACUGGCUUUGGGAAUACCAGCAGGAAUAGUAGGAGCAUCACUACUGGCUUUGGGAAUACCAGCAGGAAUAGUAGGAGCAUCACUACUGGCUUUGGGAAUACCAGCAGGAAUAGUAGGAGCAUCACUACUGGCUUUGGGAAUACCAGCAGGAAUAGUAGGAGCAUCACUACUGGCUUUGGGAAUACCAGCAGGAAUAGUAGGAGCAUCACUACUGGCUUUGGGAAUACCAGCAGGAAUAGUAGGAGCAUCACGACUGGCUUUGGGAAUAGCAGCAGGAAUAGUAGGAGCAUCACUACUGGCUUUGGGAAUACCAGCAGGAAUAGUAGGAGCAUCACGACUGGCUUUGGGAAUACCAGCAGGAAUAGUAGGAGCAUCACGACUGGCUUUGGGAAUAGCAGCAGGAAUAGUAGGAGCAUCACUACUGGCUUUGGGAAUACCAGCAGGAAUAGUAGGAGUAGCAGCAGUAGCAUUUGCAGAGAUUUUUCUAAAACGUACACCGAAAUCUACAAGGAGCUGGGUGGAAAAGAGAAAGCCUCUGAAAAGUACAGAUCUGGUUAACAACUAUUAAACUACUUGAGAGUAUAUCGUUUUCAGAAGAAUUGUGUUUGUUUCUCUAGUUGAGACGAAUGUAAAAUGUACAUGUUCAAAUUAUAAAAAUAUCAAUAUACCUUUAUGGAAGGAACUUGAAGUACUAAUUAAAAUCAAUCUUUUUUUUUUUUUUUACGGGACCCCCAAGAAAGGUGUUCUUACAGUUACAAUGUAAAUGUUACUCUUAUGUUUGUGUUGUGAAACAUGGGUCAUUUCAGGGUGUUUUUAAAAUAACAUUACAUUUAGUUUGUCUAUUGUGCCUUGCAUGCAAUUUAAAUAGAACAUAUUUUAUUGUACCAUUAUUAAAAUGGGUGUGGCGUUAGAUGCACCAUGAUCAAACAUGUCUGAGAUUCCAUUACAGGUUAACGUUAUACAGGAAAUAAAUGUGAACCUCCCAUGUCCCCUGUAUUCAGACUCAAUGCGUUGACAGAACAUCGACUUUGUGGGGAUUCAUUUCGUUUCGGAGUCGGGUGGAUAGAAGAUCCUACAACCACUUUGUUCAUUUGAAGACAGAGAGCGUCCACCAGGAGAAAGAUAUGGCAUCUUCGUCUGGUACAGUGGAGAGGAAGAGGAGAGCUAGCAUUUCAGUACCUCCCCACAGGAUGGAGCAAAAGCGUGACCCCAAUCAGGCCCUUGAGGACUGGAGUCGCCCACCCCAUUGAUCUACACCUCACAUACUUGUUUUGUCACAAUCUGAAAUUAGGCUGACUAUUACAAUUUAUCAACCAGGAAAUGGCAGAGCGAUAUCUGUAUAGUGUACCUUUAAAGUCUGUCUGUAACUGUUUAUUCUAUAGUGUCUGAAGAACUAAAUAACUCUGAUCUGAGGAUUGUUCUGCUUGGUCCAGUUGGAGCAGGGAAGAGUGCCACAGGAAAUACCAUCCUUGGGAGAGAGGCCUUUAAACCACUUUAGUCACCAAGGCAUGCGAGAAACAGAGUAGGGAGGCAAAUGGGAGGAAGAUUGAAGUGUUGGACACCCCAGGACUCGGCGAGGACAGGAGAAGUGAGAUAGCCAGAUGCAUCAUGGACAAGACAGUCCCGGGUCCCCAUGUGUUCCUGCUGGUGAUUCGGCUGGGGGUAAGGUUGACAGAGGACGAGAGGAACACUGUGAAGUGGAUCCAGCAGACCGUCGGACAAGAUGCCUCAGACUACACCAUGAUAUUAGUCACCUGUGCAGAUUCACCCCGACUCAGAGGAAACACAGUGGAUGACUACGUGAAACCGAACCAAAACCUACAGACACUCAUCGACAGCUGUGGAGGCAGAUAUCACUCAUUUAAUAAUGACGAUAGGGAGGCCCACAAUCAGGUCACAGAGCUGCUGGAGAAGAUAGAAGAGAUGGUGGAGGUGAAUAAAGUGGGGCACUACACCAACGAGAUGGAGCAGAAC